CACCGUCUGCUCGAUCUAGGGUUUCAUUACCAGCGAAGGUCUGCCGCCAACCUAGCCUAGCCUAGGGCGUGAGCAAUAUGGCGCCGGCCGUUGUCGCCGGAGGGCCGCCCGAAAGGACAUCUUUGAGGAGCAUCUUGUCCGAUCUGCAGCACUGGAUCCUCUCCUGAAACAGGCAUGCAUCUCUGAGCCUGCUAGAAUUUUUCAUUACUGGACACGGAGCAUUCUUCGACGACUUCUUAAUCCAGGACCGGAUAAGGAAACCCAAAAGGGAGGAAAAACCGUCAAUGCUACAAUGAAGGGAACGGAAACGGGAACGGCAGAAAAAGAAUAUUCCGGUGACUGCCAUCACAAAAAGGUUGACAACAACUAUGGCGACGGAUACCAUGGUAUCAAUGAUGACAGCUUUGGCAGCAGUAUAGAAGAUGAUGACGAUGAUGGCAGGUACCUAGACAUUGGCGAUGAUGGUGUUGGCAACAGGUUCUAUGACAUCUGCAUCUACAGUUACAACAGCAGUGACGACCAUAUCGAUAGGGAGUUGCCACCACCAAGUCAUAGUAUUGCCUAUUAUGGAGACAGUGUUAAUUUACGUGCAGCUUACUCCUUUUCCCAGGACCGGGUUGAGUUGUUUGCUGUGCGUCCCCGCUUCCACUUCGUGGGUACCUUAGUUGCGACCAAUGGUCAUUCUUACUAUUGGUCCUCCCAAAAAGAACAAGAUUAUCAGAGUGUUGAUUUUAAGGAUAAUUUGAUCUUCCACUUAGAAGGCGGUGCCCUUAUGGACACCUUCUGGGUUAAAAUCAAAAUCCUACAGGAUGAUGGCAGCAUUGGUGAUGUUCCUGUAUCCUUUUCGUUCACAGUCGACCCAUACGAUUGCAAUAAUGUCAUGACCCGCAUCAUCUCACUUACACGCAAUCGCAAAAUGGAGUUGACUUUCAUGGCGCUGCACUCGGCUAUACAGGCCAAUGUGUAUGUCAACCUUGAUUUCACAUCUUCCAAUGCCACUAGGACGGGCACCAUCUACUAUGUUUAUGGCGAAAUCACCGCACACCAUCAACUCUAUAACGGUCGGAGUGUCUUGCUCUUUUCUCGUGGAGAAGAGAACAAAGCAGAGGUCAUUGAUGGUGAACUUCCACUGUUACGGAAGUGUGCAGUUGUUCCUAUAUACUUGGAGCCGCUCCUGAUACUCAAGUUCGACCUGCAUGUUCCAAUUAAUUGUGAUCAUGAUGAUGGUGGUUGUACCAUCGCCUUCCGAGAUUAUGUUACAUUUUACCGUGACCAGUAUGAAGAAAAAAUAAUCUGCAGUGCCAACCAUGCAGAACGCCACCAUGGUGAAGUUAAAGUGCGGAUUACAUACCAGUAGCAGCUGCAGUGCAUGGAAAUUCACAAUUCAGUGAGAUGUAAACUGAUGAACUGAAGUUCUAUCUACUCCCUCCGUUCGGAAUUACUUGUCGUAGAAAUGGAUGCAUCUAGGUGUAUUUUAGUUCUAGAUACAUUCAUUUUCGAGACGAGUAAUUCUGAACGGAGGGAGUAGCUAUUUAUUUAUGGAUUGCCGUUUAUGCCUUU